UCGUUCUUGCUGUCGCUUCCACUGCCGAUCCACAUGACGACUGUGACUCACGAAUGGUACGGGCCUAAGAUCCUGUGUACGGAAGUGUGGCCGUCGCACAUGGCACGACACGCCUACAUGGUCUACACGUUCCUCAUCAGUUACGUCAUCCCCUUGGUAACCAGUCUGACGUCAUACACAUUGAUCGUCCGCCAUCUUUGUCUCAAGGUUCACGUCCUGAGCCACAUUCAGCAACAGGCCAUAAAGCGGAAAAAGAAGGUGACCCGAAUGGUGGCAUCAGUGGUCGGCCUCUUCACCCUGUUCUGGUUGCCUAAUCACGUCAUCAACAUGUGGUUCAUGAUCGCCCAGCCUAAGGAGAUCAGCCACGUCGUCCUCGUCACCAAAGUCGUGUCCCUGUGCCUCUGCUACUGCAGCUCGGCAAUCAACCCUUUCGUGUACGCCAUCUUGGGCGACAACUACCGGCGAUGCUUCAAGAAGUUGUUCCCGAGAUGCUUCAAGACGAACGCCGUGGUUCCGGUCGUUGAUAACCGAUCCUCGGGCAGCAAGUACGUGCACCGGGCUCGGCAGCUGAACAUCCCCGGCUCCACUCACAUCAACACGCCGCCAAACUGUCUGGACAUCCCCUCGUCUGUUCAUCUGGUCCGGGCUGGGCCCAGUCAUGGGUUCGUUAUUGAUGGGUAGAGAGCUGGUACUCGAGAUGUGCUUGAGUGUGCAAUUCCUGAAUAUCGUGUACAGUAGAAGUCAUUUAAUUGCACAGCCUAUUCGCCAAAGUAUUUCGUGCCAUUAUCCGGAUGGUGCAAUAAUGCGAAGUUAUCCAGCUGGACUGCACCGGUUUGGGGUUUUCGGAAUCUGUGCAGUUGACAGAAUUGUGCGUUAAUCCGUUGUGCAAUUAACUGGCUUCUACUGUAUAUUGAUUUGCGUUCUGCCAACCAUGGGUCAUUGCAAUGUACACACAUACACUCAUGCACAACAAUGAUAAUGAUAAUGAUAAUAGUUCUAUGAUGAAUGGUUCAGUGUAAAAAUCAUCAUCAUCUUCGCACGAAUACCUCACCCCCGAAACAAAAAAAUGACCCCAUCA